UUUCUUCAUUCUCGCUACCCCUGACCCUCACUUUCGAGCGAUCGUACGACAAACUCUCACUCCACCACCCUACCUCACUCACACACGCUCCUAUAUUCUAUGUAAACCCUCACCGCAACCUGCGUCACCAACCCACCCCACACCUGAACGGUCCCAUACUCGAAGUGUUAGACAAUUUUGGUUACACACUUUGAAGCCUGUCGAGGAGUGUGGCACUAUAUUGUUUUUCGCUGUCUCCUUUCUUUCACUGCAAAAUUGCUUUUGCCCUGUCUUUGGCGUAUUCAUAUGAGUUUGGCCUUUGCUGGAGGCGGAGGUGUGCGCAAGCGUUAUCGUGUUUUGUGAAGUGAUUCUUUGCUCCGUGAAUCCCAUCGAGUCGAUCAGAUGAUGGAAAGAGUUUGGCCGUGAAGCGGAAAGGGUGAAGCCGGAGUUAAACCGCAGGAUGGCAGGACAAAUCACAUCGGAGAGAGUGCUGAAUACUCGACGUCUUGAGAGAAACCUCUGCCAAACAUAGGCACCCCAUCCCACCGUCCGCUUCGCAGAACGCCGGCAGUUUUUUUUACCUGUUCGUCCAGCGACCGCUUGCGCAUGAUGAGCGUAGGUGCAAUAAAAAAAGAGAUCGUAUGUAUUUCCUGGUAAUUAUUUCGUUCACGGUCGUGGUGUGUUUGGGACGAGGGUGUCCCGAAUGCAGCAAUAGGAAAGAAAGGGAAAGCGAGAAAGAAAAAAAGCGAAGGAAAGAACGGGACAAAAUAAAGCUAAUUUUUUGGCUUCCAGGCUUAUUAUAAAUAAGCUUGGGAGCUUCCAUGCUUGCAAGCUUGCAUGCUCGUAUGCAAGCGUACAUACGCCCUGCCUCCUAUACCCGAUUCCCCCACCCCCGCGAACGAUCCACGAACGAGGCUUACUAAGUUGCUAGUAAGCCUUUAAUAAGCCGGCUAAUAAGCCGCAAUGUCGUACGACUUUUGCCAAGUGGGUGGGUACGGUGAAAAUUUUCGUAAAAUUAUGACAUUUUUGAACAAAAUGCUACUAACGAACAUUUCGUUCAAUCACAAACCAUUCAACACGAGUCUUGCCUGCAGAAAUCAGUGGUAUCGCUGCACUGGUAUUUGCCACAACUAUGAUCCUUUUUAUGGAAUCGUACGGUCGAUUGACGGUUCGCCCGGAUUGCAAAACGAAUGGUGGAAGACGCAUGCCGACAAUGGUGGAGGCACGUUUUACAAAAUAUACGAGAUGAGCAAGAUAGUUUGCGACGAAGUAUCGAUAUACUAUCGCUGUUAUGUCAAGUACAUGGUACCGAAGCGCAGUCUAAUUCGUUGCCGAUUCAAAUCAACCCUGCCCGCAGAAGUAUCGAUAGAUCUGACCUCCGAUGUACCAAAAACCACUACUACCAUCACAGUCGACACAGUCAACGUCGAUGCGGAAGAUUGCCGCGCAACAACCGCGGAGGCAUUUAUUAAGCAGUUUGAACGAUCGAUUGCAUUUACUCGCGAUGACUGCGAUAUGUUAUGUCCAAUCUGCCAGGAACGCAUAAAGCGAAAACUUUUUAGCAACCACAUCGAUGGCUGCAAAGGCUUUGUUCGUGUGGUGCAAUGGAAAAAAUCUGCCACCGGAACUAUCGUGCAAAAUGGAUUGCUAGAACUUAAAUCAUCUCCUAGAUUAGAACAGCAUUCAAGUUCAGUACGAAGGCCACGUCCUUUGUCGGAUUCCUCUACCCCUUCAUCAUCUACAUUCGCAAACUAUCAACAGGCCAAGCGAAAGCGUUUUGGUUGAAGAGAUUCGAGCAUCCAGGACCAGAGAAUCAGUAUGCCGUUUCAUGAAAUUCCUACCUUUUGUGAGGACCUUAAGCUUAAGCUUUCCCUGUCAUUAUGUAUUUUGUAUCCCAUAUGCUCGUUGGAAAAAAUAUCACGGGGAGGACGACGAUCGGUGUACUGGUGGAAUAACGAGAUUUCCCAGUUACGUCGCACUUACAUCAGGAUGCGGAGAAGACUCAGGCGAGCCCGAACGCAAGAACAGCAACAGGAUCGGCGUCCGGCGUACACAGCAGCUAGAGCAGCACUGGAGUAAGCGGUCAAGCGGAGCAAGAAGGAGCAGGGCGAUCAACUUCCAGAACAGUUGGGGCCUCACGGAUAUUCGGGCCAGGCUACAAAAUCCGGAGGCAGAUGUGGCAAGGAGCCCGAGUAGCGAUGGAACGGGAUCCAGCCAAGCUGCAGCACAUGAGUGAGUGAAUGAGUGAGAAAUACUCAGACUCAAAUCUAGUAGAUCUUUUGAAAUCCCAAGAUGAGGAAGUUCCCUGGAAACAGGUCAAGGUUCUUGGAUUUUUUGAAAACUAGAAAAGAUCAAUGUUGGUUUUGAUAAAUGUAAAUUAUCCAGAACCGUUCCAUAAAACCAUAAAAGCACCGAUUGCAAAAAUAAGGAAGCGCGCUCAAAAUGCAGUGGUGAACAUAGAACGUCGGAUUGCACAUCGUCUAUCCUAAAAUGUGUAAACUGUGUGUUGGCUAACACCAGCAGGAAUACUAAACUGGACAUAAAACACGCGGCCAAUAGUUAUAAUUGUCCGCAGUUUAAUAGCAAAGGGGGAAUGGUUUAGGACGGCACGGUUGGUUUAGGACGGGGAGAGAUUUUAUAUUUCAAUGUAGCCGGCCUGUCAUCCAACUAUGCAAUGUUUCGUGAGACGGUAGAAAAAGUCCAACCCUUGUUGGUCUUGAUCUCUGAAACUCAUGUGACUGAGGAAGAAGCAUUCCAACAAUUUUAUCUGAAAGGUUACAGGGUGGUAUCGUGUUUAUCACAUUCACGCUACACAGGAGGAGUUGCUGUGUAUGCUAGAAGCGACAUUGCCAUUAAAGUGAUUUUCAAUGAAUCAUUGGAAGGCAAUUGGUUUCGUGGUGUAGCAGUUUCGCGGAGUAGACUAGUAGGAUAUAAAAACGGGAUUUUAUAUCAUUCUCCUAGUGCAAGUGACUCAAGGUUUGUUGAAAUUUUAGAAGAUUGGUUGGAUAGAUUCUUAGACUAGUAAAUGGUAUACUUUGGAUCUUGCACGUGCUAACCGGAAAAGAGACAAGGCAUACAAGCAAUUUAUAAGAGCAAACUCGGCUUACGAUUGGUCUGACUAUACGAGGCUUAGGAACAUAUACAGCAGGAGUCUCAAAACAACACGUAGGGAAUACUUUUGUAAUGAGAUAUCUAAGCACAAAGGUAACAGCAAAGAGCUCUGGAAAGUACUUAAAAUUAUGAUUAAACCAGAGCAAUCAGGCUUUUAU